CUGGCCGGAGGCGCUCAGCUCGGAGUGGGCAGACCUGUCAUGGAGCCUGCAUACGCUCUUCCAAGGCACCAGAUGAAUCCCAGGUUUACUUCAAGCAAAAUGGUACCAUUCAGCUUUCCUCCUUCCAAGAGCAUGCUUUGGGAUCCAACCCCGAUGGGAGAUGUCAAGUAUUUGCAUCUCAGUUACUACAGGAAACCAAAGCUUGUGGUGACUGAAAAGGCCCUGCAGCUUGCUUAUCGUCAUGCUAAGCAGAAUGACCCAAAUUUGUCCUGUUUUUUGCUUGGGACUCUCUUAAUAGAUGAAGGUGAGGAAGGUGUAAAGCUGAAAAUAGACCGCUUUGAUCCUGGUCGAGAAGUGCCUGGAUGCCUCAGAAAAGUCCCAACUGCUCCUCUGCCUGGAGACUUUGUGAUUCCGUGUACAGUUAACACAGAGGGACUUUGUCCCACAGACACGAUCAUCCACAGCGAUGCUGAAGACCUUAGCUCAGUCUUCAAGGCUCUGCAGCACCAUUUAUGCAGCAAAGAAUCUCUGGAGUUCUGCAAGCUGCUCCCCUUGAGAGCAAGAGUCACCUCCAGGGAGCACCUGGACAACCUGCAGUUUGACUUCCACUGGGCAGCAGUGGCUCCAGCCAAUUCUUUUCGAUGUACGCCUGUGAAGCCUCUCCCCAUUAUUCCAACAGCUCUGGCAAGAAACUUGAACAGUCACCUGAAUAUUGCUCAGAUUCAGGGGACCUGUAAGGGGGGGUAUCUUACAAUGGAUGAAACACGCAAACUGUUACUGUUGCUUGAAUCUGACCCGAAGGUUUAUUCUUUGCCAUUAGUUGGAAUUUGGCUGUCUGGCAUCACUCACAUCUGUAGCCCCCGAGUGUGGGCCUAUUGCCUGCGCUAUGUGUUCAGUGCUGCAGUUCAGGAAAGGGUUUUUUCUGAAUCUGGGAGUUUUGUCAUCAUUCUCUAUUGCCUGACACACAAGGAGCCUGAAUUUUAUGAGUGUGUUCUCCAAAGUGGCCAGGGAAGUGACCUCCGCUUUCAGUUACUGACCAACAAGGAAACCGUACAUCUUUUCAGAAAUGUUGAGCCUUCCCAGAAGAGCUCUCUCCAGUUUGAACUGAGCUCAGAAAACGCAACUGCAGAGGCAGUGUUCUUUAACCAAGCCUCCAGGAAUCAUGCCAUGAACAGGGCUUCCCAGAAGUCGUCCCCGGGGCAGCAGCUCUCUGUAAUGGACCAUGAUUCUGGUGUGGAAGAUGAAGAUUUGUCCCCAAGGCCAGUUCCUAAUCCUCACCCAGUGAGUCAGAAGGUAUCUACCAUCCAUCCUUCAGUUCCUGAGCUCUCUCUGGUUUUGGAUGGUAGUUUUAUAGACUCAAGCCCACCACCCAGUGAUAGGAAAAGGGCCAAUUGCAAAACCAACCCUUCAUUGCUGCAGUAUUCAGGACAGAUGAGCUCAUUUCCUCUGCAUUGUAACGAGAAACAGAAUCCCGUUCAUGAAGCUGAGGAGCCUUGUUUGGAGUGGCUCCCAAGUCAGUCAGGCCCGGGAGUCCCUUCUUCGAAACCAGCCAGAGAAAAGCAGUUGCCUCCCCAAGGCCGAGCUGGCCCCCCGACCAGGAGGUCUUCAGGGCCACUUUGCUCAUCUCCACCAUCUCCCUCAGGGCCCCCCAAACCAUUGUCUCCUGAGACAUCAUCAGUGCAGAAACCAAAACAGUCUCCUGAAAACUGUAACACUUACUCGGAUGGAGAUGCAUGGCAAGGGGCCCUUCCUGUACCAUGCUCUGUGCUGCGUUCCAUGCAGGCCUCUCCUUCACCACAGUGGCUCCCCCGCGGUUUUGUUUUUUCACCCCAGAAUCUUGGCAGGCCCACAGAACUUCAGGGGCCUGCCUCCCCAACCCCAUCUUACUGCCCCACUAAUGUUUGCUGUCAGCAUCAUGGACAUCUGCAGUGUGGUCAAAUGAACGUUUGGUCAGGGAUACAUAAACACGGACCCUUUCAGGAAAGCCAGGCUAAUGCUUUUCAGGAUGGUGCCUAUCCAUUUCAUCCGAAUGCCUGUCCAGCUAUGUGCCAUUCUUCAGGCAGCCCCAUGAUCCAGAGACAGCCAGGGAGCAUGGGACAUUGUAGCACUUUAGACUUACCACCUGUGGGGAGACUGGCCUCCUACUCCAGCAAUCCACAGCCUUGCCCAACAUGCAUGUCCACACCCAAGAUGCAAGCUGAUGAUGGAAUGAUGGGGUUAUCUCCAGAUGCCUACCGGUUCCUUAAAGAGCAAGACCGACAAUUGAAGUUAAUUCAGGCUCAGAUUCAGCGUUUGUUAGAAGCGAAGUCUCCUCACCCUAGCCCCAAGGCAGCUGGUGCUGAUGGCACCAUGCAGGCUGAGCAGCAGGUAGAAUUUGUUUCGAUGGAGGCCCAGGCACCUUCUGGCCUGCACCUGAGGAAAAGUGUGAGCAUCGCUGUGAGCACAGGGGCCAGCUUGUUUUGGGACUCGCCAGCUGAGAAUCAAGAGCCUUCGGCUUCGCUGAAACAGGACGACUCUGAGCUUUCAAGUGGAGACGUCCAUUUGUCUGUGGAUGUCAAUAAUGAAGGGACAGAUCGCACACGGACUGCGUCUUCAUUAAAAGCAGUUGAUAUUCCGAGUUUUGACGAGAGCAGCCAUGUUGUCAGAGAAGAAACAGGUCCAUCCUCAGCCUUCUCCAGUGUUUCCCCGGCAGUAGGGAAGGACCCAGAUGUACCAGGAUUUCUUCCAAAUCCCAUGUUGGGAGAAGGCAUUAGUGGAAGCUUACCUCCAGGACCCACAGAGGGGGCUGACAGCCAGUCCUCAGUGGCAGCAGUGGGUGAACCCCAAGCCGAGUCAACCCAAGUGAGGGAGCCCUUGCUGCCUUCUCCAUCGGAUGAUCAGAAGUUUUACCAGAAUUUAUUGGGUCAGGUAAACCACCUGUUAAGUACUUCUUCCAAAGACAGUGAGCCCACGUCCACAAGAGUAGCAGUGAUUCCCAGCCAUGGUGGUGAUGGAAGAACCAAAAGACCUGACCCCAGCCAGAUGGACAAGGACAGCAUCCUUCACGCCACUGUUAAACAGCUGAGAAACCUUGGAGUAAAAAUCGACUCCCCAAGUAAAAUGAAGAAAAAUUCACAUAAAGUGGACCAAGCCAGUGUAUUGGCGUGCAUCAGUCCUGAAGCAGUCAUCUCCGGAUUAAACUACAUGUCCUUUACUAACGUCGGCAUGAGUGGCUUAAGCCCCAGCGGUGCGGAUCUGAGCAUGGAGGCCAAUGCCAUCGCUCUCAAGUAUUUAAAUGAAAAUCAGCUGUCGCAGCUUUCCUUCAGUCGAGCAAACCAAAAUCUGCCUGACUCAUCCUUCAGCCUUCUUCAUAUCAACACAGACAAAAACAUGGUGGGGCUCAGUUUGAUCUCACCAAACAUGUCGUUUGCGACCAGAAAGUAUAUGAAGAGGUAUGGGCUGAUGCAAAGCAGUGACAGUAGUGAGGACGAAGAAGAGAUUCUAAAUACGACAGAAGGCAGAGAGAGUGAACAUUCGCUGGAUCAAACCUUGGCUUCUGGCCCCGAGCAGUUUAGCUGUCAGAAGGAUAGCCCUGGAAGAGGCUGUGAAAUUCUAGAUUUGAAAUGCUACAACCCGGAGUUGGUGGACACACAAUGGCUGCCAAAGCCUGGGGUGCCUGUGUUAAGAGACAUCACAAAUGAAGUGGCCCAGCCAAGAGCUGCAUCGUCAUCCGAGGAUGAGUCCUCGGCCUUCAUCCUGAAAGAUUUGAAGAAAACCCCCUCAGUCAAGUUACUGACCGGCAGGGCUGAGUUCACUCAGCAUCCUGAGAAGGGAAAUCAAAGGGACAUUCAGGUGUUUCCUGAAAGUUUGCAGCCGUCUGACACUCUCCGAGAGAUGAAUAGCAUGAAUUCAGUGGGCAUGUUCUUAGAUGUCAGGCGUCUCAGGCAGCUGCCCAAGUUAUUUUAGGUAUUUAAGGAACUGCUAAGUUUUGUUGGAUAGAGGCAGAAGACUGGGCUGAAGGCUUGGUCCUUGGAGAGAGUGAGCUGAGUCACUGAAUUAGGUCACUCCAGAGCCUUCUCAAACUCAUCUCUGCAGUGGCCAAGCACUGAGCCUAGCAGAUAGCCAGCUGUUGGGGACAGAGCAUGGGCUCUCAAGGAGGACCCCUCUGCAGUCAGAAGAAUGAUGCAUCUUUACAGCUGGAGGUCUGGGCAGUGAACGCUCACCCCAACUCUUGGCCGGACUUGUUCUUUUAUCAUAUAAAAUCUUUUUAUCCAAUAUCUUGGCAAAGGUUAUUUACUGUCAACUUGUGUUAAAGUUGAUUCGGGUUCAGCUGGCUCCCAUCUCUGCAUAUGCCCUGAAUUACUUUGAAAGCAUCAUGAAAUAAAGGUAACUCAGCCUUGGAAGGAGGAGCACAACCAUUUUAGAGCUAGGGAAUUCAGCUUCUCUUUUUUCUUCUGAAAAUACAUUUUAUUUAAGGCCUUUCCUUCAGUCUUUCUUCUUAAUUAAGAUACUUAUAUCUUAAAAUCCUGAGGCCAUUAAACUAUUGGGAUACUGCUUGGAUGAGGCUUGUGUGACAUUGUCUCUUCAGUGUGUUGCUCUGAUAUUCUAGAGCAAUUCAUUUAUGGUGUGUGUGAUUUGCAAA